AAACAUAAAUAAAAGAAAUAACCAAAAAAGAAAAAAAGAAGAAAAAAAAAGAAAAAAAGAAUGGCUUUGAUGAAUUUGAGUGCUAGUUCUCUCUACCCCAACGCUUCUUCUAGUCCUCCUCUUUCUCCUCCAUUUAUGAUCCCAAAACACAAAUACUUCUUUUCUUCUCCAUCUUCUUCAUUUAGAACACCUGCUCAGCCUGAGAAAACUGAAAUUGGAAUUGCACAGCAAGAACCUUCUUCUUUUUCUGAAGGUUCGUUAUCAUCUGCUCGUACACAGCUGGAUCUCUUAGAGCAACUAACUUCUACUAGCUCAUCAGUGGAUGGUUAUGAGAGUGAUGGUAGCUCUUGGAGGCCAACCAUUCGUGAGCAGCUUGCACAGCUGUUUGGUGACAGAGAUGAUGAAUUUAGCAUACCACUGGGAAAAAAUUUAAAGAAGGUGAGUGCAAAGUUUCUAACCAUCUCACAGAAGAGAAAUAUAAGAAGACAAGCUUACUUAAAUGAAGUAUCUCAGAGGAAUGAUAGUGUUUUCUUUGCUACAAUUGGAGCUUUUAUAAUUCUUCCCCCUGUUGUGAUACUAGGAAUUGCUAUUAUAACUGGUUAUGUACAGCUUUUUCCAUGAAGAAACACUAUAUGAUAUACUAUUUUUCUUAUAUAGUGGUUCAAAAGUGCUUCAGAUACCUUCAAA